AUGGAUGGUGCGAAGGCCCCGAGAAUUCGUCUAAACGACGGAAAUCUUAUGCCUGUGUUGGGAUUGGGCACGUUUUUAGGUUUCGACGAAAAUGGACAGAAAGAGACAAAAGAUGGCGAGGUAGAAGUACCUGUAACAUGGGCCCUUAAUGCUGGUUACAGAAUGAUAGACACCGCAUCCGCAUACAAAAGCGAAGAUCAAGUCGGUAAGGGAAUAGCGAAGUCCGGUGUGGCGAGAGAAAAUGUUUUUAUCGUCACUAAGCUUGGUCUCCACGAACAGCGCACUGUAGUGGACUCACUUAAGAAAUCUCUUCAACGGCUUAACACCUCUUAUGUGGACUUGUAUUUGAUUCAUAAUCCAGUGGCGUUGAAGCCAGAUCACAGUGGUUUUGAUGUCAUAGAUUAUCUAGAUACGUGGAAGGGGAUGGAGGAAGCUAAAAGGCUUGGUCUAGCUAGAUCCAUUGGUAUAUCAAACUUCAAUAUUAGCCAGAUGGAGAGACUGUUAAAAAACUGUGAAAUACGUCCAGCUGUGUUACAAGUGGAGGUGAAUCUUAACUUAGCUCAACAUAAAAUUCAUGAAUACACGAAACGUGAAGGUUUAGCCCUAAUGGCUUACACUCCGUUUGGUUCUCUUUUCGAUAAAACUGGAGUCCCCCCACCCCCAAGGGUACAAAGAGGUAUCGUGCCUAUACCAAAAUCUGUGCGAAAGGAGAAAAUAGAAGAAAACAUUGAUAUAUUUGAUUUUGAACUAACAGAAAACGACAUGGUCGAACUAUAUAAUUUCAACAAAGACUACCGCGUAGUCUGGCCAAGUUUCUGGCAGGACCAUCCAUAUUAUCCGUUCGAAAAGAAGGAUACGCCAGACGAUGACUUGUUUAAGCCGAAACCUAAAGAGUGA